CACAAGCGGGUUAGAUAGCUUUUCGUCUUUGCAGCUCGUGCAGAACCUGAAGAGAAUUGCAAAGGAGAAGCAAGCCAUUGUCUGUCUCACAGUGCACCAGCCCGGAAGUGAGCUCUUCGCGCUGUUCGACCGCGUGUACUGCAUGCGUUAUGGUCAAAUUCUUUUUCAUGGCUUGAACAAGAACAUGGAAGCCGUAAUUGCCGCGACUUACAGUUCUGCCCCACCUUUGGUCGGCCCAACAAGGGCAGCAAAUAGCAACCCCCGAUGCAAUCAGCGAGACCGGAC